AUGGCCGAGAAGAAGGAAAUCGAGGAGAUCGACUACACUCUCGCCAACCCCGAUACCCUUACCAAAUACAAGAAUGCCGCGCAAAUCUCUCAGAAGGUUCUGGAGGCCGUUGCCGCGCUUUGCGUUGCUGGUGAGAAAAUUGUAACCAUCUGCGAGAAGGGAGACAAGCUGUUGGACGAGGAGAUUGAGAAGGUCUACCGUGGAAAGAAGAUCGUCAAGGGUAUUUCCCAUCCCACCACCGUCUCUCCGUCGUCCUUCGUCACCCCAUACACCCCACUUAAGUCCGACGAGGCCGAAGCUGCUGUCGAGCUCAAAGAAGGAGAGGCGGUCAAGAUCCAGUUGGGUGCGCAAAUCGACGGCUUCGGUACUAUUGUCUGCGAUACCAUUAUCGUUGGCAAGAGCGAAGUUGAGGGUCGAGACGCUGAUCUUCUCCUGGCUACACACUACGCAAACGAGCUCCUGCUGCGUUUGAUGGUCCCACCGGGACUUCUCGCUACCGGUACUGACGAGGAGAAGGCUAAGGCUGCCAAGGUCAAGGCCCCAACCCAGAGCAAGAUUACCAGUCUAUUAGAGAAAGUUGUCAAAAGCUACGACUGCAACUUGGUCGAGCACACUACCAGCUGGGAGUUUGAGCGAAAUGAGAUUGAGGGCAAGAAGAAGAUCAUUCUUGCUCCAGGUGACGGAACUAAGGGGGAGGGAGUCCCGGAGGUGGGCGAUGUUUGGGGAGUUGAGAUGGGCGUCAGUACCGGCACUGGAAAGAUCAAGAACUUUGAGAACAGAACGACUCUUCACAGACGUACAACCCUCACAUACGCUUUGAAGAGACCUAGUUCCAAAAAAGUUCUGAACGAGGUUGUCAAGAGAUUUGGUGUUUUCCCAUUCAGUUUGAGACAGCUAGAGGAUGAGAGAGACGCUAAGGUUGGUGUUGUUGAGUGUGUACGUGGAAACGUUCUUCGCGCAUACGAGGUCGCAGGAGACAAGGAUGGUGCCUCUGUUGGUCGUCUUUUGACCACUAUUGCCAUCACCAAGAAUGGUCUCCAAAAGCUCGCCGCUCCUCCCACCCCAGACCUCACCAAGUGGAAGUCCGACAAGAAGAUUACCGACGAGGAGGUCCUCAAGAUCCUUGAGCAACCGCUCGCUAAGGAGUCCAAGCCUAAGAACAAGAAUAAGAAGAAGAAGCCAGCCAAGAAGGCCGCGGCUGCUGCUGCCCCCGAUGAUGAUGACGAGAGCUCUGACGAGGAGUAG